AUGGAUGUAUCUCCUAUUCAAUCAGGUGCUAGAGCUACUAUUGAUCGAAUAUCAGCAAAAGUUCUAUCGAAUAAUGUUACAGCUAUAUUACACAUUGGUGCAUUAUGGAAUGCAUUUAUGAGUCAAAUUGAAGCAACAGCAUCUCGUAUUCCAUAUAUGGUUGAAAUUGGAAAUCAUGAAUGCGAUCAUGUUACUGGAGGAGAUAAAGAUCCUAGUGAAGAACAAGGAGACGGAGGAUUUCAACCUAUAUGUUUUGAUAUUGGACCAGUUCAUCUAGUUUAUUAUUCUACUGAACAUAAUUUUCAUCGAUUAUCACCACAAUAUGUAUGGCUUGAACAAGAUCUUCCUUCGGUCGAUCGUAUUCGUACACUAUGGUUAAUUGUUGCUUCACAUCGACCUAUGUAUUCAUCGUUAGUAGGAAUUGAUUUAAGUAAAGUAAUGUUACAACUUUACAUAGAAGCCCUUCUCUACAACUAUCAUGUUGAUCUCAAUUUAUUUGCACAUAUUCAUUCAUAUGAACGAACAUGUCCAACGUAUCAAUACACAUGUAUAGAUGAUGGAAUAACACAAGUAUUGAUUGAUAUAGGUGGACAUGACUUGACAUAUGGUUCGUAUACAGGUACACAAUGA